AUGAUGAGCAACAGUGGCAUUAUGCCUCAUCGAACGAAUAUGACAAAUAUCAAUCAAAUAGAUAAAGAUUCGGUUUCAGCAACUACACCAACAACAGAACAAAAUACAAAUUCAACACGUAAUGCAACCAAAAGAACAAAACAAGGUAAUGAUUCGUUUGAACUUGAACAUCGUGCGGUUAAUAUUCGUAACCAAUUCUUUAAUAGCGCUGGCUCUCGAUCAGUACGACAACAACAACAACAACAACAAUUAAAUUCAACGACAUCUCAUUCUGCAGCAAAUGUAAACUCGACAUCCACACGAUCAACGUUUCCACCAUUUCGGAUUAACUUUUGCAGCUGA